AUGUCCCUCUCGCAGCUCUCACAGCUGUUACCUCUCCCCAACGAGGAGCUUCAGCAGGUUCUCGAUUACGCUUCGACCCUCUCCAAGCCUGAAGCUGCAGAGCAUCUUGGAAACCUCCUUGGCGACUCUCCCCAAGCUGUCGAGUUUAUCUCUUCGUUCAAUGCCCGGCGACAGGCUGCAGCGACAGCAGGACCAUCGUAUUCCAGCGCCGCAGCACCCCCCGAGCCAGAACCAGAAACCAUAGCGCCCGUGCCGAAAGCGAAACGACAACCGAAGAAGAAGAAGGCAAACAUCCACACACCCCAGGCUAGGAAGGUUGGAGAAUAUGCGGCUCCUUCAGGCACUUCAUACAGCAAGAAGGACCAGGAUCUAGACUACAUCCCUCAAAGACCAAGCGCCCCUAGCAGCAACAAUGCGUCGAGAUCCAACACACCGAAACCCGAACCCAAGUCAGUUGCGAAGCCUCCACCGAAGCAGCAUGUUUCAGCAGGCUAUCUCAUUGGAGAUGGACCUUCGAAACCCAAGCCAAAGUCGAACCCCGUCUCACGGACCUCAACUCCAAAGCCAUCCGCAAGUAGCACCAAGGUGUCUAUUUCUGGGGGAAUGCCCAUGGCUGGUGCUUCAACUGCUAUCUCAGACUUGGAUGCUGCCAUUAGAGCGCUCGAGAUUUCGACGAAUCCCUCUCUUGAUAAUGUCAAGUCCAGAAAGUGCAACUGCGUUGCCACAAGACAUCCUCUUCAGGGUGCAGCACCGAACUGUCUUUCUUGCGGCAAGGUAAUCUGCAUGAAGGAGGGUUUGGGACCUUGCACCUUCUGCGGCGCUCCGCUCCUGAGCUCAGAAGACGUACAAGCCAUGGUGCGAGAACUCAAGGAUGAGCGAGGACGUGAGCGAAUGGCAGCCAACCGUGAGGCCAACCGUCGACCAGACGUUGCCAAGACACCCGCCCCAUUCACUCAACCGCGCGGCAACGACGGGCUCUCAUUGAGUGACGCCGAAGCCAAGGCUCGCGCUCACCGCGACAAGCUACUCAACUUUCAGGCACAAAACGCCCAGCGAACUACGGUGCGCGACGAGGCAGCCGACUUUGAUGUCGGUGGUGCGCUUACGGGAAUGGGCAGCAUGUGGGCGACUCCUGAAGAGCGGGCUCGUGAGUUGAAGCGCCAGCAGAAGAUCCUCCGAGAGAUGGAGUGGAGCGCACGCCCAGACUAUGAGAAGCGGAAGCAAGUUGUGAGCAUUGAUGUGGUAGGCGGCAAGGUUGUCCGCAAAAUGGCAGCUAUCGAGCGACCUGCUACACCCGAGUCUGAGGAGGAAGAUAUCUACGGCGCGGAGGAUGGUGUGCUUGGGGAGACAACUGGGAAUAAGAACGGUGGAAGAAGCGGUGGAGCGUUCAGCGGUAACCCGUUGCUGGGCUCACUGAUUAAGCCAGUAUUCGAUGCGAAGGGGAAGGGGGCCGAGGUGGAGGGAAGGGAGUCAAGAAAGAAGAAGGGAUGGCAGCGUGUUCAGCAUGAUCUGGAUAACAACGAGGGAAUUAUCCUGGACGGAGGAGUUUAUGGACACGCUGGGGAUGAGCCAGAAUGUGGUUGA